AUGUAUAAAAACUACUGUGUUGAAUCAGCUAUUAAAUACAUGAAUUUUAAUCUUCAUAAGUAUAUCAGUGAUUUUGAGUUACUUAAGAAUACUUUCUUUGAAAAGUUCUCUUUGAUUUUAAAUGAUGAUGAGUUGGUUGUUGAUGAUAGAGAUAUUGAAGAUUCUUCUGAAUUUUCUGAAUUCGAUAGCAGUGAUUCUGAGGGUAACACUUGUGCUAGUAUUAAUGAAGAUACAAUCAGAAAUUCUAGUUGUGAUCAUAGUGAUGGUUUACAUAAGAAGUAUUCUAUUAGAGUUAAUUGUUUAGACUGUUUAGAUAGAACUAAUUUAUGUCAGUAUUUAGUGUUUGAAUAUUUCAAUCCUUAUAAGUUUAAAGAGAUCACUAAAUUAUGGAAGAAUAACGGUGAUGCACUUGCUAAAUUAAAUAGUGGUUCUAAUGCUUUAAUGAGUGAUUUAAUUGGAAGUGAUAAAAAAUUAUCUAUUUAUAGUAAAGUUUCUGAUAUGUAUAAUAACGCUCACAGGUUUAUUAAUAACAAAUUCAAUGAUAAAGAAAAAGAAAGAAUUAUUAAUUUAUUGCUUAAAGGAAGUGAUAAUUAA